UGAUAAUUCAUUGAAAAUAAACGUAUUUUCUGACUCAAGCAUGCUGAAAGUGAGUUCUGAUUUGAGAAAACUUAUAACCGGUAGACUCCUACCGGACGCUGUCGCAUACUUUCGUAAAACUUUGAGUGUUCGACGACCUGUAUCGCCUUUAAGACUGCAAAGGGAUUGCGGAAACGAGACCAAAAAGAGAGUUAAUGGUAAUUUUUUCCGCUACUGUCUUGGAGAAUGUAAAGAUAUCACUUAUUGUGGGGAAGUUGGUACAAUACAGAUCCCUGAAGCGCACCUUGAUGUGUGCAGGACUUGUGAUUCAAGCAAACAACAUUGCACAAACAAAAAUGCUGAGAAUUCCGGACUCGUGAACACAGAUUUUGUCUUGUAUGUUUCGGCAUUUGCAACAUCCAAUUGCCACAGGAAUGGUGAUGUCAUAGCCUAUGCAUCGACUUGUCAACAGGAGGGAAUGCUUGACCGUCCUAUUGCUGGCUUUGUCAACUUUUGUGUCAGCAAAAUGAAAAGGAAUUUGCAUUACAGUCAUUUAUUGGCUAUUGUCAAACAUGAAAUCUUCCAUGCUAUUGGAUUUUCAAAGCGGUUAUAUAGUUACUAUCGAGCCGAAGACGGUACCCCACUUACCCAAAGAAUUGCAGAUGGCAGACCUGCUUCCGAGUGGAGCGAAAAGGUCAUCAAGGAAGUUACAAGAAAUGAAUGGAGAAUUAGCAAUGGUUCCUCAAUAAGUCAUAAAGUUUUGAUGAUUGUGACACCUCGUGUUGUUAAGGAAGUUCAAUCCCAUUUUAACUGCUCGUUGUUAGAAGGAGCUGAAAUAGAAAACCAAGGUGAUCCUGGUCAACGUCACACACAUUUGGAAAAACGAGUGUUUGAAAAUGAAGCCAUGACUGGGGUGUUUACAAACAACCCUGUGUUUUCUCGUAUCACUCUUGCCGUAAUGGAGGACACAGGAUGGUACAGAGUUGAUUAUGCAAUGGCUGAGCCACUAGACUGGGGGCGUAAUGCUGGGUGUAUUUUUGCCAGAAACAGUUGCAAGGCAUGGAUGGAUCAUCAGAGCAAGAUGAAUAACUCCAUUGCACCUUAUUGUUCAAGAUUACCCUCCAAAAGCCAUACACAUUCAGGAUGUACCCACAACUAUCAUGGUGUGGGUGUUUGCAAUUUGAGAAAAUAUAAGACCCCACUGGGCAAGGAGUAUCGGUACUUUGAUUUCCUACCAGGGGUGUCCACCCCAACAUAUUAUGGUGGGGGAAUUGAGCUUGCAGAUUACUGCCCAUAUUAUCAAGAACUGGAUUGGAAACAAGAUGGCAUCACUAUCCGGGGGUCGAGUUGUAAACAUGAAACAAACAACCCGAUUUCAUCAGAAAACUAUGCUCUUGAAAUGUACGGGGAGAACUCAGCAUGCUUUUUGCAUGGUCAAGCUUGGAUGCAAAAGCAGUGCUCAAAACCUACGGUCACAGCUGUUAAUUGGGGCAGUGGGUGUUAUUCAUACACCUGUUCCGGUGAGGGUUUAACCCUAUCUAUCUCUGGGCAGUCCUAUACCUGCUGGUUUACAGGACAGAUAUUGAAUAUAGUAGUUGUACAUAAAAAUUCUCUACAUAACGGUUCAAUAAUUUGUCCAUCGUGUGAUGAUUUUUGUGACUCUUGCCCCAUGGUUGAGUCAAGAAAUUUUCUCAAUUCAACAUAUCUCAAUUUACUUCAAUAUAGAAGCAACAAUGUUCUGGUUUGUUGUUCUUUAAGUUUACAUCAAAGUUUUAACCACAUAGCUGUGUUUCUCCUCCUGUCAAUGCUGGUUAUUGAAAGGUUGUGCUGAGUGCUAGAUUUCUUUGUCCACAUAAGAGAUGCCUGUAA